AUGGUGUGGCGCACAAUCCUAUUCACCAUCCCUGGCAACUCAGUGCAGGUGAUAACAUCACCAUCUCCACCACUGCUGCCAGAUGGUACCACUGGACCAGCCUCCAAGGCAGAACUAUCUGAGGGGGCAGGAAAUGCAGGUGCAGCAGAGGCACUGCUGCCAGGUUGGCUCACAGACAUGCUGGGCAUUGGUGCUGGAGCCGGUGGAGGGGAAAAUGGAGGAUUCUGUGUGGCAGGCCUACCCCUUAGUGAUGCGGGAUUAUUUUCAUCUAGGGAUGCAGCAGCCAUAUCCAUAAUUAAGAGUAUAACAUACUGUGGAAUAAUGAUUAUGACUAGGAUUCUUCUGCUGCUUACAUUUACUGCCUCUGCCUUCAGCUCCAAUCAGCAUGAAGCAUGUAAGCCAAAGACCAGGAACAUGAAUGCAUACUUGAGAGAAGGAAACAUCUUGAUUGGAGGAAUAUUCCCGGUGUUGUUAAAGAGCGAUACACCAGAGAACACUUUUGCUGAGCCACCAACCCUUGUAAAAUGUGAAAAAUUUCAACUAAAGCCAUAUAUUUUGGUUCAGAGCAUGAUCUUUGCUAUUGAUGAAGUUAAUAGAAGCCCAAGCGUUUUACCAAACAUCACUGUGGGAUUUCAGAUUCAUGAUUCUUGUUACAUACCACUAAGAGCUCUUGAAAGUACAAUGUAUCUCCUUACCAACCAGAAACAAUACAUUCCUAACUAUAGAUGUCAGAAAGGAAACCCUCUGAUAGCCAUAAUUGGAGAAAAUGGUUCUCAACUGUCUAUCUGUGUGUCUAGACUGCUUAGCCUUUAUAGGUUUCCACAGAUCAGUUAUGGCUCCUCAGUUUCUCUUCUAAGUGACAAGAUGCAGUUUCCAUCCUUUCUUCGCACAUUCCCAAGUGACCAGUUUCUUGUAUAUGGCCUCACUCGAUUUGCAGUACACGUUCAUUGGAACUGGAUCGGGAUUCUCUAUGAGGGAACUGAUUUUGGUGAAACUGGAGGCAAACUUCUAAAGGAAGAUUUAUUCAAAAAUGGCAUUUGUACUGCUUUCUUUGAAAUUAUUCCCAUAGUGUACUCCAAAGAGAAAAUUCAGUACAUCACCAAUGUAAUCCAGCAUUCCUCUGCAAAGGUUAUUAUGGCAGUUGCACAUGAAUCUAACAUAUAUCCAUUGAUAAAAGAAAUAGCAAAUCAAAACAUUCCUGAAAAACUAUGGCUUUCCUUUGACUCUUGGUCUCUGUCUGCAGCAUUUUCUAGCAACACAUUUUUAAAAAUAUUAAAUGGUUCUAUUCUAUAUGUACCACGUGGGGGCAAGAUGGCUGGAUUUCAACAAUUCCUCUAUAGUCUCCAUCCUUUCACAUACCCAAAUGACAUUCAUAUCAGAAUCUUCUGGGAAGAUGUCUUUGGUUGUAAAUGGCCCACUACAGACAGUGAUAAUGGAACACAAUCCAGAAUUUGCACUGGAACUGAAAAUUUACUUGGAGUUAAUGCUUUAUUUGACAUAUCAACUUCUGGCCAACCAUAUACUGUUUAUAAUGCUGUCUAUGCAGUCACUCAUGCACUGAAGGAUUUGAGUUUGUGUAUAACUGGCAAAGGCCCGUUUGAAAAUAGAACAUGUGCAAAUAUCAACAAUGCUAAACCAUGGCAGCUACUCCAUUAUCUCAGAAAUGUGAGGUUCGUGAACAAAGCUGGAGAAGAGAUAUUUUUUGAUGUUAAUGGUGAUCCACCUGCAGCAUAUGACCUGAUUGCUUGGUACCUAAAUGUAAGUGGAGAAUCUAAGUAUGUACAUGUGGGAAAAUAUGACUCUGCUGCUCCUUCAGGACAAGAGCUUUUCAUCAGAGAAGAGGCACUGAUGUGGAAGGAUCAAGGAAAGGUACCGGUUUCCAUCUGUAGUGCAAACUGUGGCCUUGGACAUCGUAAAGUUUUACAAAAUGGACAACCGCCAUGUUGCUUUGACUGUAUUCCUUGCUCACAGGGAGAAAUCACAAAUAUUACUGGUGCCAGUGACUGUAUUAAGUGCCUAGAUGACUCAUGGCCCAGCAAAGGACAAGAUAAAUGUAUAAAGAAAUCCAUCGAAUUCCUCUCUUAUCAGGACUUCCUUGGAGCAACAUUGACUACCAUCACUAGCAUUACUGCACUGUUACCUGCAAUGAUAUUAAUUAUUUUUGCUAAAUACCGUCACACUCCUAUUGUAAAAGCAAACAAUCGAGAACUGAGUUAUAUUCUUCUCAUAGCUCUUGUCUUGUGUAGUCUUUGUUCUCUAAUUUUUAUUGGAAAACCCACUGCAUUAAUGUGUAUGCUCCAACAGACUGUCUUUGGUAUAAUGUUUGCCCUUUGUGUCUCUUGCGUAUUGGCUAAAACCAUCACAGUAGUCAUAGCCUUCAAGGCCACUAAUCCAAACAGUAAGUUAAGAAAAUGGAUGGGCCCAGUGCUUCCUGGUUGCAUCAUCUGUUUCGGCACAAUUGUACAAGUCACUCUGUGUGUUGUGUGGCUGUCAACUGCACCUCCUUUUCCUGAAGAAAACAGGAAAUUCAAACUAGAUACAAUAAUAAUUGAAUGUAAUGAUGGGUCCAGUAAUGCUUUGUGGUGGCUCUUGGGUUACAUGGGCCUCUUAGCCAAUAUAAGUCUUGCGGUAGCUUUUUUAGCCAGGACACUGCCUGACACUUUCAAUGAAGCCAAGUUUGUCACAUUCAGCAUGUUGGUGUUUGUCAGCGUCUGGCUGUCCUUCAUCCCUGCUUACCUGAGUACCAGGGGGAAGUAUAUGGUUGCUGUGGAGAUAUUUGCCAUUUUAUCUUCCAGUAGUGGGUUAGUUAUAUGUAUCUUUAUUCCAAAAUGUUAUAUCAUAUUAGUAAGAUCCGAAAUGAACACCAGAGAAUAUUUAAUAAGAAAGGGAACAUUUACCAGUAAAAUGUAA